ACCGGCACCGCUCCGGCACCCGCACCGCUCCAACCAGUACCGGCACCGGGCCAACCCCUUCCGGCUCCGGCACCAGUACUGGCACCGCUCCAACUCUUUCCGGCUCCGGCACCGCUCCGGCUCCGGCACCGCUCCGGCGCCUGGUACCGCCCCAGACCUACUCCAGCCCCGCUCCUGCUCCAGCACUGGCACCGUUCCUGACUCUCUGCAGCCCUGUUUCUGCUCCGGGACCGGCCCCAUUUCUGCUCCGGCCCCAGCCCCGUAUCUGAUUCGGCACCGUAUCUGCUCCGGCCCCGUUUCUGCUCCAGCCCCGGCCCCGCUGCGGCCCCCGCAGCGCCGCCCCCGCUGUUCCCCGGGUCCCGGCGUGGCGGCGGCAGGAAGGAGGAAGGAGGGAGAGGGAGCAGCUCGGCGGCCGGGCUCUGCCGUCCCUCGCAGCACAAGCGACAAUGAACAAGAUGAAAAACUUCAAGCGGAGGUUUUCGCUCUCGGUUCCGCGGACGGAGACCAUCGAGGAGUCGCUGACGGAGUUCACGGAGCAGUUCAACCAGCUCAACAACCGGAGGAAUGAAGACCUGGCUCAAGGGCACCUGCAGCUGGGCCACCUGGGCAGGGACUUCCAAGCAGACGGCAGCCCCGUGUCCCCCUCCGAGGCGGAGGGACAGUCCCCGAUGGCUGUGCGCUACCGCAACAACAACCAGCGCCGCUUCUCCAUGGAGGAUGUCAGCAAGCGGCUCUCCCUGCCCAUGGACAUCCGCCUGCCCCCCGAGUUCUUGCAGAAGCUGCAGAUGGAGAGCCCGGAGUUCCCCAAGCCCCUCAGCAGGAUGUCCCGACGGGCUUCCCUCUCGGAUAUUGGGUUCGGGAAGCUGGAAACUUAUGUUAAACUGGAUAAACUGGGAGAGGGCACUUAUGCCACUGUCUUCAAGGGACGCAGCAAACUGACCGAAAACCUCGUUGCCCUGAAGGAGAUCCGCCUGGAGCACGAGGAGGGGGCACCUUGUACGGCCAUACGGGAAGUGUCACUGCUGAAGAACCUGAAACACGCCAACAUCGUGACCCUGCACGACAUCAUCCACACCGAGCGCUCCCUCACCCUCGUCUUCGAGUACCUGGACAAUGACCUCAAGCAAUAUCUGGAUAACUGUGGGAACCUGAUGAGCGUGCACAAUGUGAAGAUCUUCAUGUUCCAGCUGCUGCGUGGGCUGGCUUACUGUCACGGGAGAAAGAUCCUGCACCGAGACCUCAAACCCCAGAACCUGCUCAUCAAUGAGAGAGGAGAGCUCAAGCUGGCUGAUUUUGGACUAGCCAGAGCCAAGUCUGUCCCUACGAAAACGUAUUCCAAUGAGGUGGUCACACUGUGGUACCGGCCCCCCGACGUCCUGCUGGGAUCUACCGAAUAUUCCACACCCAUUGACAUGUGGGGUGUCGGGUGCAUCCACUACGAGAUGGUCACCGGACGCCCCAUGUUCCCCGGCUCCACGGUGAAAGAAGAGCUGCAUUUGAUCUUCAGGCUGCUGGGAACCCCAACAGAAGAGACCUGGCCUGGAAUAACAUCCAAUGAGGAGUUUAAGGCUUACAAUUUCACGCAGUACAGAGCCCAGCCGUUAAUAAAUCACGCCCCAAGGCUGGACUCAGAAGGCAUUGACUUGCUGAUGAACCUCCUUCUGUUUGAAGCCAAAGGCCGGAUUUCGGCGGAGGCAGCCCUGCGGCAUGCGUACUUCAAGAGCCUGGGAGAGAGGGUACAUCUCCUGCCCGACAAUGUCUCCAUCUUCUCCCUGAAGGAGAUCCAGCUUCAGAAGGACCCUGGCUACCGAGGCUCAGCCUUUCAGCAGUCAGCCCGAGGGAAGAACAGGAGGCAGAGUAUAUUUUAAACUUGGAUCUUGUAUUCCCUUUGUCGCCAUGGAGAUCAAAGCACUGAGAAAGGAGACGGCAAGAUCCUCCCACCUGACCCACCGCAGAAUUACUGACUCGAGCAGGACGAUGCCCAAGCGCCCAUGGCCGCAGGCUCUUCCCUGCCCGUCCCCCCAGCCAUGGCCCCUGGCAGCUGCUGUUGAUGGACCUGUGGCCUUUUUCCCCUCUUGUUUUCACGUUUCCAUGUUUCAUCAGAUGUGAGCUGCCACCCUCUGUACCGGCGCUCCGGUGUGGAGCUGCCCUGGAAUGCAGAAUCGUGUCCUGUGAGCUGGGCACCGUGUUGUGAUCAGAGGGUGGUAUCUCCAAAGCUGGGCUGUGGAUCGUAGCGUUUGGCCCAGGUGGACAUUUCUGAAAAUGUACCUUUGCUUGGACAACCCGCUCUACACCCCGGAUUUCUUGGGGAGACACUUUGCAGCCACGUUACGAGUCGGGAGCGUGGCCCUGCCUGGCACUGGAGAGAUGGCACCUGAAGCACAAAAGCUGCACCAGCCCUCCCUUCCUUGCCCUUCCUCUGCCAACAGAACCUGGUCCUCUCCCCACCUUUGGCACCUGAAUCCUGACAAGGAUGGAGCAGCUGGGAAGAGGAGGCUUCCCAUUGCUUCCCCUCCUCACCACCACCGCGUUUCCAAAUUUGCUCGGCUGGGAUGUCCUGAGCUGAGAUUAAGGGCUGGUGUAGCCUGCCUGGGGUGCAGAAGCUGGUAGAGCUGUGUAGAAACUGGGCCAAACGAGCAUCGGCUCCAUGCACCCUCCCGUUGCUGCUCUGAGCCCUUCGACCACCCUUUCCCAGGCACCGACGGAGCUGACCCGCACCCCACGACCCUCUGCCAUCGUCCCGCAGGGAGGACACGGUUCCCAGCUCUCAGGAGCACAUCCCCCUCCGCAUCCCGUGGCAGAGCCCAAAUCCAUUCCACAGUGUUGCAGACGCCCACCUCAGUGCAUUUCUACCCGGAGGAACGGGGAAGAGGUGCCAAACCUCCCACAGCUCAGCUGUGGGGACCAGAAAUAGACCUGGAGAGGAGAAAAAUCAUCCCUCAAACCUCAUCGCGUGGCCUCUGCGUUUGUAGCCACCGCCAGAUCCUACCAGCCCUGACUCGGAUCGAUGCCGUGGGAAUGAGGGAUGUGCUUAGGUCUGAGCGUGCUGUGCUGGCCAAGGACUUCUGGUGUAUUUUCCCCUCUGUACGCUUCAGGAACGUGCCAAAUCCAUCCUGAGCAAAGAGGCCCUGCUGCACCUCUCCCCUGCAGCCUUCAGUGUGUGAGCGUUGCAAGAAGUCUCUCUCCUGUAUAAUAUUCCCAUCCUUCUCUUGGCUGUUGCAGAUGACUAGUCCUCUCGCCCACCGGUCCUGCAGCCUGCGGAUGUGGCUGCGAGACUCUGGAUUUGGCAGACACUGGCACUGGCACCGGGACUGGCAGGACAUGCUGAUGUCUUAACCCCUCACGCUGCCAGCUCAGGGGACGGUAACUCCCACGCCGCUGUUUCCCCAUCGAGCAGGGCGCCAGGGCUCUGUUUUCUGCUUUGCCACGCAGCAUUUCUUCUAUGAUCCCCAGGAAAUGCAAAGCGGGAGGAUAAAUGAGGAGACCCUGGAGCUCCCCAAAGCUUCGGGGGUGACUCCUCCCUGUGCCAGUGCUCUAUGCGAUGCACCCUCCGAGCUUCCCCCAUCAGCCCAAAGCUGUUAAUUGGGGUUUGUCCUAGACAAGCAUCCAGACGUCUGCAUUGUUUGAGGUUUGCCCAUCCCUGCUCAGUUCCCUUCUCUCUCCGGCCAGCAUGCAGCAGGCUGAAUAGUUCAUUAAUUGUUUCCAUUUGAUAGGGAAGAGCAUGAAUAGCCAUCAGGCACCAGUGACGCAUUUCUCCCUGACGGCAGGGCAGCGUUUUGCCUGGUUUCCUACAGCCGGUUGCUGCCGCGUGGGGCUUUUCGCUCUGGAGGUUCGCAAAGUGAGGUGUUGGCUGAAGUAAUGAACAAGCCCGCUGUCAACUUUGCUUUCACCGGGGGAUUUGACACAGGAAUUUCCUUGGCACGGCAGGGAUCUGUGCUGCAGGCUUGCGUUUCAAGGACAGACAAGCUCAGCAUCUCAGCAGCACCUCUGGGUACCCGUGGCGAAGAAUCCUGGUUGCUGGAGCCCAAAUGGGACCAGGAGGAGCAGGAACCCCCCCCGCCCACUCCUGGGGAGCCCACUGAGGAUAUUUGACCUGUCUUGGUGCAGUUUUCUUGCUGGUGUUACCGUAAAGGUCGGUGGGGCAGCAGAUCCCACCUUCACAUGGGGAGGACGGGGACAGACCGGGUCAUUGUGGUCUCCGAUAUCCCCCCUUGAGCGAGGUGAUUCCUGCUGAAGGUCACGGUCACCUACAGAAACCACUGGGGAAAAGACCUGGCAAUGACCGUGUAGACAGGACUGCAUCAGAUAGCGAAGACAAAGGGCCUGUUAGCUGCUGUUUAUUCUUUCAUAACCUUUGCCUUUCCUCCUACAAAUCCCCUCUGAAGGAGACACCAUUAUUUAUUAGCCUCGUGCUCUACUAACAGCCCAAAUUCAAGAUAACCCCUUUUGUUCUACUGCUGUUCAGCGGAUAUUGGAUUCCUAUUCAGGAGGGUGAUAGCGUGUGUAAAUAUUAGGUGUCCCGCCGAGCAAGGUUUGAUUAUAAUCUCCCGUCGCUGCUGCGCUCGCACGUGUCGGCUCCAGAGCCCCCAACGUCCCAUAUCCCACAGCACAGAAAAGGAGCCGCAGGUUGGAUCCCAAAGCCAAAAAAUGCCCUUUUCUCCAUCUCCUGGCCAGCGUCCCCAUGAGGACGGCAGGUUCCGGCUGGGUUUGUAUGAACCAAAACCCCUCACAUGCCCCGGUUUAUAGAAGCCCUGAGCGUGCAAAGGGAGGAAAUCCGCAGCGCAGUGGCAUCAUCCCUGCGGUACUGCAUCCUCAGGCAGCUUUUCCCCAGUUUCUGGAGCACCAGCCAGCUCCCAGGUUGGAUUAUUUCCAGCAGCGCUCAGGAUAAUGCUGGGAAUGUCUGUGGUUCUCCGGCAUUUCGUUCAUUUUGCGGGUUCUCGCAUCCGGAGCAGCUGGCGCUCCUCACACAUGGGGACUUUGGGCUAAAGGAAACUGUUGCUUUGUCUUCCAGACAUUUUUCUUUCCAUUUUUUCUUCAUUUGUUACCAAUUCUGGUGGAAAACAGGCGUUUUGGCUGGCCCCUCAGGAAAGGCUGUGUUCUCUCGGCUAUCCAGCUGAUAGCUAAUUAAAGAAAUGUAAGUAAAUAAUGCGUAAAGCAAGAUCCACGUUAUUGGGCAACAAUAAAGCUCACAGAGCUCUUUAUUCCAUUUCACCCUCUCCAUACACACACGCCUUUCCUGGCCCAGCCCGGUACCAGAUCUAUGUUAAGGCUUUAAAUAACAAAACUACAUUGUGUCUUGGAGACUAAGGACAAAAUAAGUGGAUUUUUUCCUCUCCCCUACACAUAAUGAGACACUAAAAAUAGAAGGGCAUUUUGUCAAGCUUCUUGAAGAGUUUUUUUGGUUGUCUGGUUAUCUGGUGAUAUCUGGGUGCAAACACUAUGAAACCCCUUUUCUGGUUCUUCAUUGCCUUCUUUCAUCCUCAUGCUUGUCCUACAGCAAGAAAAAGAGAUCCAAGCAACCAGGAUCCACAUACUGUGAAUGUUCUCUGGUGUGAUUCAGUUGCAGAAUACCGGUAAUAUAUAUUUAACUAGUGUUGUACAAACAGAAGAUGCAUUUUAAAAGAAAUUAUUUUAAAGAUUUAUUCCAAAAGGAGUAAUGAUUUUUUUAUAGAAAGUUUUUCUGGAAUAAAUGGAAAGGUACAGAAAAAACAAACCAACCACAAAUAUAAUAAAAGACUGUAUCCAUCUAUCAA